UGGUUAAAUGAAAGUUUUGCAUCCUGGAUUGAAUAUCUGUGUGUAGACCACUGCUUCCCAGAGUAUGAUAUUUGGACUCAGUUUGUUUCUGCUGAUUACACCCGUGCCCAGGAGCUUGAUGCCUUAGAUAACAGCCAUCCUAUUGAAGUCAGUGUGGGCCAUCCAUCUGAGGUUGAUGAGAUAUUUGAUGCUAUAUCAUAUAGCAAAGGUGCAUCUGUCAUCCAAAUGCUGCAUGACUACAUUGGGGAUAAGGAUUUUAAGAAAGGAAUGUACAUGUAUUUAACCAAGUUCCAACAAAAGAAUGCUGCCACAGAGGAUCUCUGGGAAAGUUUAGAAAAUGCUAGUGGUAAACCUAUAGCAGCUGUGAUGAAUACCUGGACCAAACAAAUGGGAUUUCCCCUCAUUUAUGUGGAAGCUGAACAGGUAGAAGAAGACAGAUUAUUGAGGUUGUCCCAAAAGAAGUUCUGUGCCGGUGGAUCAUAUGUUGGUGAAGAUUGUCCCCAGUGGAUGGUCCCUAUCACAAUCUCUACUAGUGAAGACCCCAACCAGGCCAAACUAAAAAUUCUAAUGGACAGGCCAGAGAUGAAUGUGGUUUUGAAAAAUGUCAAACCAGACCAGUGGGUGAAGUUAAACUUAGGAACAGUGGGGUUUUAUCGGACCCAGUACAGCUCUGCCAUGCUGGAAAGUUUAUUACCAGGCAUUCGUGACCUUUCUCUGCCCCCUGUGGAUCGACUUGGAUUACAGAAUGACCUCUUCUCCUUGGCUCGAGCUGGAAACAUUAGCACUGUAGAGGUUUUAAAAGUCAUGGAGGCUUUUGUGAAUGAGCCCAAUUAUACUGUAUGGAGCGACCUGAGCUGUAACCUGGGGAUUCUCUCAACUCUCUUGUCCCACACAGACUUCUAUGAGGAAAUCCAGGAGUUUGUGAAAGAUGUCUUUUCACCUAUAGGGGAGAGACUGGGCUGGGAUCCCAAACCUGGAGAAGGUCAUCUCGAUGCACUCCUGAGGGGCUUGGUUCUAGGAAAACUAGGAAAAGCAGGACAUAAGGCAACGUUAGAAGAAGCCCGUCGUCGGUUUAAGGACCACGUGGAAGGAAAACAGAUUCUCUCCGCUGAUCUGAGGAGUCCUGUCUAUCUGACUGUUUUGAAGCAUGGUGAUGGCACUACUUUAGACAUUAUGUUAAAACUUCAUAAACAAGCAGAUACGCAAGAAGAGAAAAACCGAAUCGAAAGAGUCCUUGGCGCUACUCUCUUGCCUGACCUGAUUCAAAAAGUCCUCACGUUUGCACUUUCAGAAGAGGUACGUCCGCAGGACACUGUAUCGGUAAUUGUUGGAGUAGCUGGAGGCAGCAAGCAUGGAAGGAAAGCUGCUUGGAAAUUCAUAAAGGACAACUGGGAAGAACUUUAUAACCGAUACCAGGGAGGAUUCUUAAUAUCCAGACUAAUAAAGCUAUCAGUUGAGGGAUUUGCAGUUGAUAAAAUGGCUGGAGAGGUUAAGCAUCAGCAAAUUAAUGAAGACAAAGAGGAGCAUCUGCAGAAACUGCUGCUCUAA